AUGCGGCUGAGACGCCUAUGCGAAACAAAGUCGUCGGGGAAAUCCUACGUAGACGAGAAAACAAAGGAGGACUACAAGGCCGGAGGAGACCGACGAGAAAUCCUCGAGAUUGCGCUGGUAGAGGCUCUGAAGAAAUGGGGAACUUCAUUCUCCGUCUACAAAAAGGUCAAGGCUAGGCCAUGGCGCUACAACCAUGAGGUGGAAGAGUUCUUUGUCGAAGACGAAUCCACGGUGACCAUCCGGAAAUCUGAUUUGACGAAACGAACGGAAACCACGGAGCUGGAGGACUGCCGCUCGAACGUGGCGCCCCGUGGCCCCGACAUGGAUGACGACAAUGGUACCACUCCCAAUCCUGCCGUCUUGGGUGAAAAGGUCGUGACUGAAUUGGAGAAGUACAUCAACGCGUUGAAUAACAAGUUGCAAGCUAUCUUGGAUAUGAUGGAGACAUUGCAGGACAAGCGGAACCCACCACCCGUGGAGCGAUACCAGCUGAUCGUGGAUGACCUCAAGCGGAUCAAUGAGAAGAUGCAGGAGUUGGAUUGCGUGGGAACAUUGUUUGACAAAGGCAAUUUUGGAACAAGAAAGAUGUGGUUGAAAGAGCUGUUCGAGAAAGAGAAGGCGGCUAUCAAGAAUCCCAUGGCUGAUUUCUUGACCGUGGAGGUCAACUACAAGCGUGUGAAAAAGGACAUCAUGAAAGCUUGGCGCAGAGCGGAGGAGGCAGCGGAGGAGGCAGUGGAGAAUAAUGAUGAGGAGGAUCAGGAGGAGGAAGAGAAUGAACCUGAACCCCCAAGAAAAAAACGUAAGGGAUCGAAAGCCAACAAGACCGCAGGUGCCGCUCCCAAACCCGAAGCCAAGCCCAAGGCAGAUGGCAAUGGCAAGUCAAAGAAGAAGCGUUGGCCUUCACUCAAAGCUCGUCGCUUAGCAUGGCAGUACAGCCGUGGAGUGCCAGGGUGGAAUGCACUGAAGUUAUCAUCAGCGCUCGUGCUGAUUGUGGUGAUCUUCGUGCUGCUGGAAGAAGGGGUGUCUGAAGUGCUCCGGGAGUUUGGUCUGUCAUACGAUGUUCCGAUUUCACGCGCGACAGUUGGCAGCAUUGAGGGCUUCCCUUUUCUGAAACCUUCAGAUUAUUUGGCCCGCAUGGAGCUGUAUGAAAAAGAAGAGGCCGUGUUCUAUGAUAUCAACAAGGUUAUUGCUGAUGAUUGGGCAGAGCUCCAGCAUUCUGGCAUCAACGUGGAUGGCGUCACAGUUUUCCCCAUCAUUUUGGGAAUCAAAGCUGAUUGGUCCUUUCACGUGGAUGUUGCGAACAUGGAACGAUCCUACAGGAAAGCUGGAGAAGCCAUGAUCCGCAGUUCGUUCGAAGAGGAAAUUCCGUUGCCUUGGACAGCGGCUUUGACUGUCACCAUGCUUCAAUUUAUCGAGUUUCUGUGCGGACAGUACCAAAAGGAAUGCGACCAAGAUCAGAGGCUCCGUUUCAUUGCAAGUGCUGUGAAGUCUGGCAAUUACUUCAUGUCGCAGCUUUACGCAAAUGAUUUAUGGAUUCCAUCUGCACAAGCACGUGAAAUUUCAAGAGCAGGCAAACAUUUUGUUUCUGCUUAUGUGUACCUGGCAUACUUGUCGUCAGAGGUUGGGGAACCCAAAUUCCCUUUGAAGCCGAAGCUUCACAUGGUGCAUGAAGCAGCAGUUGCGUUGGAAAUUCAAAGUGAAGAGAGUGACUUUGCCUACAAUCCGUUGGCAGAGUCAUGUUCCAUUGACGAGGAUUUCGUAGGACGGGUGGCGUUCCUCACGCGGCCACUGCCGAAAGCUGGCGCAGCGCCGCCGUGUGGGUCGCGGGACGCGCCGAUAGCGCCCACCAUGCUGCCGCGGGCGGUCACCACGCGCUUGCCGCGGCACUCGUUGACUUCCACGGACCAGCAGACGUUGAUCGCUACGACUGAGCUGGAUGCAUUGCUCACGCCCACGCGCUCGUUGGGGUCUUUGGGCACGCCCACGCAUUCCCCCAGUGCGCAGGUUCGUCACUGCACUCCUGAGCCGCGGGAAACCCGAAGGUCGUCUCCUGUCGCGCAACUCAUGGGGCCUUUAGCCUCGCCCACACAGCGCACGCGUUCGCCGGCGCGACAGGUCCUGAUCCCUGGCGCCGUGGUGGUGGCACCUCCCGCCAUCCACGCCAUGGCGCCGUCGUUUUCGGCGGCGGUUCUACCGGCCACACCGGUGCCGCCCUUGCCGCAGGCUCCAGCUGAAACAGUCCCCGUGCCGGGUGCUGCCACUGUGGUAGCACCUCCCGCGGAGCCGAUUAAGGCCGAAAAGACGCAGGGCAGCGGGCCAGUCAUCAUCACAGUGCCCUCCACCAAGAUGUUGCGCCCCGUGGGCAGCCGCGCGACUGUGCCCAUGGCGGGCUACUGCACGCCCAAAGAACCGAUGUCGCCACCCCGAAGUCGCCAGCCCAGGGCACGGAUCCAAGUGAUGCCGCCGGCCACGCCGCCGCGGCAGAAGCACCGGGCCGUGAUGCCCCUAGGUGCCGCGCCUACGCAGCCUGCGCGACCCCAAAGCCUGCUGAGGGCUGCUACGAGUGCGCGGUCUGUGGAGAUGUUGAGCCCCAAAGAUCCCCAGACUCCGCAUCUUCCGAUGUCCCAGUCCUUGCUGGUGCCUAGCACCCGUAGCACCUCCCCUGGGCGAAAUUUGAGUCCCGUGCGACAGAUGGUUCCCACGUUGUCGCAGCGCACGCUCCAUACUCAACCCGCCCUGGCGGUGACGCCCAUGACCGCACCGUGGUCGCCUUUGGGCAUGGAGUCACGACAUCUGCAGUCAAGGUCAGCUCGGCCGCAGCUGCACCAGUGGGGCGUGCCUCCUGAGAAGUGGGGCAUCCACUUUGAUCAGCUUCUUGAUCUGGAACAGCACCAGAAAUUCCAACGCGAUUGGAACACUCGGGAGGUGGUCUCUGAGAUCAUUUGGCCCGAGACCGACUUUCGAAAGCAGUCGUGGGCUGAGCUGUCUGAAGACUUGCUGACAGACAGUGAGCCAGGAGCUUGGGAGUCUGAGCGCUACACCGAUUUGGAAUCUUCUCCUCAGACAUCUCCAAUGCAAUCCCCAGUCCAGAGCCCUGCCAUGGCCAAGAACGAAGCCAUGAGUGGAGCUUGGGAGUCUGAGCGCUACACCGAUUUGGAAUCUUCUCCUCAGACAACUCCAAUGCAAUCCCCAGUCCAGAGCCCUGCCAUGGCCAAGAACGAAGCCAUGAGUGGAGGACUCGGAAAUGGCGAUUUUGUCCCACAACCCAACUACAGCAUCGCCUUUCCCGUCAUUGACAUUGCUGGCCUUCCCAAAGCACUUUGCAACAACGUUUGCGUGGAGGCGAAAAGGGCGGAGUGA